CGCGUUCGCCUUGCUCGCGCUCGGCCGCUCAGUUUGUAUUCGGUGUUCUCGAUUACCGUUCGACGUACGGCGGCGAGAAGACGGUUCACUCACGGUGACGGACACACACCGCCGCGCGUGCGUUCGAUCUUCGUUGCGGUUCAAGCCGGGCGCGCGUCCCUCGAAAUAUUACUCGAUUCUUCCGUCCCGCGUGAAGUUGUCAUCGAUCGCUUGAUCUUUUCGUAGGAUUCGAAAAUCGAAGUGACUGCCGGCGAGGAUUUCUCUUUGACCUUGGCGACAUUCGAUUCAAGGGGAGAGUGCUACCAAAUUGUGCUCCGUUGGUUGUCAAGUGAUUUAAAGGACAAGAGGAACGAAAGGACGACUUGACAAAGGAAGAUGUUGCCGCCGCGAAUCCUCGGUCUCCUGGUGCUUCUUCUCGCUGUGCAAGGUUUAUGUAAACCGACUAAAAGCACAGAGGACGUGGAUUAUGAGGGUGAUACUCCUUUUGACGAAGAAGAUGACGAGGACGAAGACGAAGAGGCUGACAAUUCCGCCACUGUCGAAGUACCUCCGCGAAUCUUAUCGGAACCAAAAAGCCUGCGCGUAACAGCUGGGAGCACCGUUCAACUGCCAUGUGCGGUCGUUCACACAGAAAAUUAUGCGAUCGCGUGGAUGAAGGAUGACAAGUAUCUGUACUUCGGAUCGCAGGCGCAAAUAGAGGACGACAAGAGGAUCGAACGAAGGUCAGAUAACUCCUUGGUGAUCCACAACGUGACGGUUGAGGACAGCUCUGAAAAUUACAAAUGCACUAUCCUGCGGAAUCCUGACCCCAUAGAUUUGAUUCACCGUCUGCAGGUUGAAAGACCGCAGCAGGGAUCUGCGAUCUCACCGCCGCAGCACUCGCACAAGGGAAUCAUACGCGUGAUACCUUCAAAGAGGCUCGAAGUGAACGAGGGUGAGACUAUUCAACUCGGUUGUGAGACCAAUAUACAGCCGUCGCCUGAAAUCAAGUGGUUCAAAGAGAACAAGAAGUUGGACAGUUAUGAUCCCAAUGUGAUUCUGAACGGAAAUUACAUCGCGAUAAAGAAAGUGGACGAGUCUCAUAGCAGCCGGUAUCAAUGUCUCGCUGAAGAUGGUUCGAAGACACCGCCGAUGGAAGCGAUCAACGUCAUCGUGCAUUACAAACCUAAGAUCGAGCUAGAGAAAAGCAUAGUCAAUGCCGGCACGGGUAUGGAAUCGGAACUUACGUGCAUUGUGAGCGGCUAUCCCCAGCCAGUUAUAAUAUGGUAUAGAGACGACAAACAACUUAUACACAAGAAAGGAUCUCUACUGAUCCAACACAGGCCAAUAAUGAAGAGCAACAAGACUAAGCACAUUUUAAAGAUUGUGCACACUAAAGAAAAAGAUUUUGGCGUGUACAAAUGUCGCGCAGAGAAUACCCUUGGUGAUGACAUCAAAUUUAUCACUUUAACAGGUGCACCUUCACAAGCGAUGGUAUAUGGCGCUGAGGUGACCAAUGAUGAUGCAGGAAUUAUUCUAAAGUGGCGUCUGGAGAGUUACUCGCCGAUCAGCGAAUACAAGUUACAGUAUCGUCGUAAGGAUGACAAGGAGUGGAACGUUGUCGAGCCUGAAGUCAAAGAUGGUAAAGGAAAUCAAUUUAUGGUAGAAUAUCCAUUUCGAGAACUUCAACCUGGACCCUACGAGGCAAUCCUAAUGGCUAAAAAUGAAUUUGGAUGGUCUACAUCAGAAUCUCAUACAUUUAUUGGAGAUUAUCCACCUGAUUUGGCACUAAAAGGAAAUUCAGCAACUGUUCGAUCUUCCGGAACUCUUCUAACGUUGAUCCUAGUCGUUUUAUCUUGUGCCUUCACAAGUCUGUAAUUCUUUACUUAAAUCUAAAAUACGUAGGUAAUUUGCUGCAGCCAAAGCAACACCAGCAAACGCCAUGGUGGAUUUAUUAGUGUAGGAACACUUAGGGGAGACACAGCGUGCACAAAUUUUUUCAUUGAAAAUUUCCCCUCCUUAUUAGAAUGUAUAUUUUAUGUAUUACGUAAUAAAAUAUAAAUCUUUAAAUGCGGGGCAUUAUCGAGAUAUGAUCAAAAUUUUGUGACCAAUAUUGGUUUUCAAUUCGCCUAUGUGUUCCAUUAAGACGCAUUGUAAAGGAAAAAAAGAAGAGCAUUUUAAUUGUACUUCGUAAAAUCACGAAUAAUAAUUAAGGAAUAUUGUACUUUAAAAUAUAUACAUAAUUUAUAUAUUUUUAUCAUACACACAUAUACAUAUAUGGAUAUAUAUGUACGUGUAUACGUGUGUAUGUGUAAACAUAAUAUAGUAUUCAUUAUACAUGCGUAAGCUCACAGAGACACACAAUCAUAUUAUUAUAAUUUAUUUUUGUAUGCUUAAGAUGAUUAGAAACGUGUUCAAAGAAGUCGCUUGGUGCCAUGUACACGGGUCUACUACUUCCGAAAAAUCAUGUAUAGAAUCUGAUCUGUCGUCCACGGUGUACACACGUGGAAGGAACAUGUACCUAAAAUGAUGUAGCAGAAGAGAAGUGAAUGUUAUAGCCGUUAUAGGAACGUACGCUAUUGCGAUAAUAUACAUAACGUGUAUAACCGAGUCGACGAAGAGCAUAAAGUUGGAAGCAUUCAUACUGCGA